AUGAUUUUUGAAUCUAACUAUCCUGAUAUAAAAAUUCCUCAAACCGGAGUUUAUCAAUAUAUAACUAGUAAUCCAGAACAAAUUCCAGAUGAAAAACCCAUUUUCAUAGAUGGAAUUACUGGAAAGAGUUGCACUUAUGGUGAAUUUAAACAUGAUUCAAAAAAGUUUGCUGCUGGAUUACAAGAUAAGUUGGGAUUUCAAAAUGGUGAUGUUUUAGCGAUAGUUUCACCUAAUCAGUAUGAUUAUCCCAUUGUGCUCUUGGGAACAAUUGCAGCCGGUGGCAAAGUAACAACUGCUAACCCAAAAUAUAAAGCAGCUGAAUUAUUGCAUCAAUUCAAGGAUUCAGGUGCUUCAGUUUUGAUCGUACAUCCUGAAUUUCUUGAUUCUGCAAUUGAAGCUUCAAUCGAUGCUGGAAUUCCUUCCUUCAAUAUAUUUUUAUUUGGUGAUAAUGAAAUAAAGGGAUAUAAACCUUAUCGCUCUGUUUUAAUUGGUGAGCGUGAAAUUGAACCCGUUACUUACACCCCUGAAGAAGCAAGUUCAACGACUGCUUAUUUGCCUUAUAGUUCUGGAACAACUGGAAAGCAAAAAGGUGUCGAACUUACUCACACUAAUAUAAAUGUUAAUUUGGCUCAAUUAAUUGGCGCCGAUUGUCAUCUAGGCCCACAAAGCAUAAUGAUGGGAAUUUUACCAUUUUUUCAUAUUUAUUCUUUGACUACUGUUCUUCAUGGAACCUUUAUUCAUGGUGCUACUACAAUCGUUCUUCCUUGCUUCGAUGUGAAAACAUUUUGUGAAACAAUUCAAAAAUACAAGAUUAAUCAUAUUUAUGCCGUUCCACCAAUUUUAAUUAAACUUGUCGAUAAUCCAGUGGUUCAAGAUUAUGAUUUAUCAAGUGUAGAAAUGAUUAUAAGUGCUGCUGCUCCACUAGGUGAUAAAUUGGAAAAAAAAUUUUAUGAAAUGUUUAAUAUACCAAUUUUGCAAGCUUAUGGCCUUACGGAAACUUCUCCAAUCUUACAUUAUCCUGGAACAAAGAAUCCGAAGAAUGCUGUUCCAGGCUCUAUUGGAACUCUCAUUCCAAAUGUGAAAGCUAAAAUAAUUUCUGAAGAUGGUCAUGAAUUAGGAUAUAAUGAACCUGGUGAAUUAUGCGUUAAAGGUCCAAAUAUUAUGAAAGGUUAUCUUAAUAAUAAAGAAGCUACUGAUGCUGUCUUUGACAAAGACGGAUUUUUUAUAACAGGUGAUAUGUCAUAUGUUGACGAACAAGGGAACUUUUUUAUUGUUGAUCGAAAAAAAGAGUUGAUCAAAUACAAAGGUUACCAAGUAGCUCCUGCUGAAUUAGAAUCAAUCCUACUUACACAUGAAGCUGUAUCAGAUGCUGCAGUAAUUGGUGAAUAUUAUGAGGUAGAAGCAACAGAACUUCCAGUAGCAUAUGUCACAAUUAGAAAUGAAUAUGAAAAAUCUCAAGAUUUGGCGAAAAAUAUUCAAUAUUAUGUGGAUGAAAAAGUUGCUCCACAUAAAAAAAUAAGAGGUGGUGUAUUGUAUCUUGAUAAAAUUCCAAAAAGUGAUUCUGCAGGAUAG